AUGGUCGGCGAAACUAUCGGCGAGGCAGCGGACAUCCCCACAGACCACGACCACGAUGAGUCAGACUGGCUCUUAGGCUACGACUCAGACUCAGGGCCUAGCGAGGAUGGCGACAGCACGCAGUCCGACAGCAGCAGCAGCGACUCGCAGCGCACGCUGAUACCUUCCUCGACCGUGAGCAGCAACCAGACGUCAAGGGCACGCCGACGUAGGGGCCGACAUUACCAAGCCUAUCCCGCCACAUACGGCGCCCGUCACGUGACGGGCCGUGGCCGAGGAGGAGGACCACACAGCUUGAUCAAGCGCUGCCUUGCCGCCGCCGCCCUAGUAGCGCUGAGCGUUUUGCUUUCUGUCGGCAUUGCCUGCUGGCUACUGUUCCAGCCCCCCGACCGCUGCGACUGCCCGCUGCCGCCUGCGACGCCGACAACGCCCGACAGCCAACAGAGAACCGUCACCUGA